CACUGUGACGUUGACAACACGUUGGGGCAAAAGCAUGGCGGAGCCCUCGGAGCGAAGUGCGGAGCUGAAAACAGACGAAACAGUCGAAGGAUCGAGUAGUUUUGAUGAUAACAGUGACGCUAAUUGCGGCGAGAAUGAUGAGACAGUGAAAACCUUCAAGGAUCUGGGUGUCACUGAGGUUCUCUGCGAGGCUUGUGAGCAGCUGGGAUGGAAGAGCCCGACCAAGAUCCAGAUAGAAGCCAUACCUGUAGCCCUGCAAGGGAGGGAUGUCAUCGGCCUGGCAGAGACCGGCUCGGGGAAGACGGGUGCCUUUGCUCUGCCCAUCCUCCAGUCGCUGCUGUCCUCGGCCCAGAGGCUUCACACGCUGGUCCUCACCCCCACCAGAGAGCUGGCGUUUCAGAUCUCUGAGCAGUUUGAGGCCCUGGGCUCCAGCAUCGGUGUCAAGUGUGCUGUCAUCGUAGGAGGAAUUGAUAUGAUGUCCCAGUCCUUGGUUCUGGCUAAAAAGCCACACAUCGUUAUCGCCACUCCUGGGCGGCUGAUAGAUCACAUGGAGAACACAAAGGGUUUCUCCCUGCGAGCCCUGAAGUUCCUGGUCAUGGACGAGGCGGACAGGAUCCUCAACAUGGACUUUGAGACAGAGGUGGAUAAAAUCUUGAAGGUGAUUCCCAGAGAUAGACGAACCUUCCUGUUCUCCGCUACUAUGACGAAAAAGGUCCAGAAACUACAGAGAGCUGCUCUGAGAGAUCCUGUGAAAUGUGCAGUUUCCACCAAAUAUUCUACAGUAGACAAGCUGCAGCAAUACUACAUCUUCAUACCAUCCAAGUACAAGGACUGCUACCUGGUGUCCAUCCUGAACGAGUUGGCAGGGAACUCCUUCAUCAUUUUCUGCAGCACGUGCAACAACGCCCAGCGGGUGGCGCUGUUGUUAAGGAACCUUGGCAUCACGGCCAUCCCGCUGCACGGCCAGAUGAGUCAGAAUAAACGUCUAGGGGCUCUGAACAAAUUCAAGGCCAAGUCUCGGUCGGUGCUGCUGGCGACUGACGUGGCCUCCAGAGGUCUGGACAUCCCGCAUGUCGACUGUGUCAUCAACUACGACAUCCCCACCCACUCCAAGGACUACAUCCACCGAGUGGGGCGAACGGCCAGAGCAGGGCGAUCUGGGAAAUCCAUCACUUUUGUCACUCAGUACGAUGUGGAGCUUUUCCAGCGAAUCGAAACCCUGAUUGGGAAGAAGCUUCCUGCCUUCCCCACCCAGGAGGAGGAGGUGAUGAUGCUGGUGGAGCGGGUCAGCGAGGCCCAGAGAUUUGCCCGACUGGAAAUGAAGGAGCAAGGCGAGAAGAGGAAAAGGCCCAAAGGAGGAGACGGAGAUGCGGACGACACAGAACAAGCCAGCGGAGUCAGGAAGAAAGUCAGAGGAGGACCAGGAGGACCAGGAGGUGGCGGAGGAGGUGGAAAGAAGAAGAAGGGUGGACCAGCUUGGAGGGGGGGCCGCUGAAGUCCCCCAGCAUCACAGACUGUACAUACCACAACACACAAUGCCUCUCCUCUUUUUGAUGUAAAACUCAACUCGGACGACUGUAGGGUUUUCCAGCGCCGACGGGCGGAUGGAAAUAUCUAUUUAACUGCCUCUUAGCCCACUUGUGAGAAUUUUCCAUUUGUAAUAAAAUACCACCGUAAAACCAA